GUCCAUAUGACGUCACCGGGCUCCUCCUUCCAGCUUCCUCUUUUCCCGUGGCAGUGACAGACUGACACCAUGAAGGCGUCCGGCACACUUCGGGAGUAUAAGGUCGUUGGGCGCUUGCUGCCCUCGGCGAAGAACCCGGCCCCCCCUCUGUACCGCAUGAGGAUCUUCGCCCCGAAUCACGUGGUGGCGAAGUCCAGAUUCUGGUACUUCGUUUCUCAGCUGAGGAAGAUGAAGAAGGCGUCCGGAGAGACCGUCUACUGCGGACUGGUCCAUGAGAAGACUCCUCAGAAGGUGAAGAACUUUGGUAUCUGGCUGCGUUACGACUCUCGCAGCGGGACACAUAACAUGUACAGAGAGUACAGAGACCUGACCACAUCUGCAGCCGUCACCCAGUGCUAUCGUGAUAUGGGAGCUCGUCAUCGUGCUCGCGCUCACUCCAUCCAGAUCAUGAAGGUCCAAAUCAUCGCUGCCAACAAAUGUCGCAGACCGGCUAUCAAGCAGUUCCACGACUCUAAGAUAAAGUUCCCUCUGCCGCAUCGCGUCCUGCGUCGUCAGCACAAACCUCGCUUCACCACCAAGAGGCCCAACACCUUCUUCUAAACGUUUGACUGAGAGGACAAUAAAAGAACCGUGGAAACAAA